AUGAGUUUUUUGGCUUGGAACUGUCGUGGUAUGGCCAAAUCACGAGCAAUUCGAUUUCUUAAGGAAAUCAUUAAUCAAUUAAGGCCAAAUAUAAUUUUCUUAUCGGAGACGUUGGUUCUCAAAAAUAAAAUUGAGGAGAUUCGUAAGGCAAUUCAUUAUGGUGGCUGUUUUGUUGUUGAUGCUGUAGGGCAGGGAGGGGGUCUGGCUCUUAUUUGGAAGAAUGAAGGGGGAGUGGAGAUCAAAGGUACUUGUAACCAUUAUAUAGACUGUGAAGUAGUGUGUGAGCAUAUCGGUCGUUGGAGGUAUACCGGAUUCUAUGGGUGUCCAGAGAGGCAAAGGAGGCAAGAGUCAUGGAACUUACUUAAACAACUAGCUCGAGAAUCUCAGAUUCCAUGGUUUGUAAUCGGGGACUUCAAUGAUAUGAUGUUUGAUCAUGAAAAACAAGGAGGAAGACCACAACCUCGAGCUUUGUUAGAAGGGUUCAGAGAUACAGUUAGUGACUGUGGAUUGAUGGAUAUCGGCUUUACUGGCAGUGAAUUUACGUGGGAACAGUCACGUGGGACCGGGUUGUGGAUCCAGGAGAGACUGGAUAGAGGUUUGGCGAAUCAUGACUGGCGGACUAUGUUCCCUAUAGCUGAGAUCAAAGUGUUAGAAGUUUCGACAUCUGACCAUCUACCUCUUUUUCUCGAUCUAAAUAAAAAAGUCUAUGCUCCAAGAGUACGAAGAUUUAAGUUUGAAAAUGUGUGGAUCCGCGAGGACCAAUGUCGAAAAAUAGUGCAAGAAAGCUGGGAGCAAGUAGAAGGGCGAAGUGUAGUGGAUAAAUUGGAGUUCUGCUGUUUGAAGCUUGAAGAAUGGGGAGGGGGAAGUUAA